GCGCAUUACAGACAAACCAAUUCACGCUUCUUGGCAUCUGCAUCUAUCUACGUAGUCCAUUAUAUAAAGUGCACCGAUAUGAACUUCGAUUUACAUCCCAGCCCUCGUCCAAUUAUCAAUGUCUUCAGCACUCUUACCAUCCCGAGCACAAUGCAUCCAUAUCACUGACAACGUCCAGCGUUGUCAGUGUUCAUGCUUUGUGCCAACCCUGCUAGAACCUAACAUCUGCGGUCGGUGUGGACACGGUAUUCACACCCAUGUCGACUAUGUUUCGAUGGUCGUGAAUCAUUAUCCCCCGACUCAGUGCGUUGCGUAUGUCCAAAAGACAGCUCUUGUACAGCGUUGCACGUGUGAAGCUCAGCUCUGCGAUCACGUCGUUAUUGAUAACCCGUAUCGCAUUGCGGAGCCGUGGAACGUGUUAGACAAUUUCCUGGGAAAUAAUGAUGCUUCUCAGAGUGUCGACGCGAUCAGCUUUUCCAACGACGUCGUCAACGGUACAUUCACACCGUCCGCCAAUUCCGAUACCGACACCUUUUAUCACGACGCGAAUCUCACCUCGAUUACUGCCGCACCUACUUUCUCCUCCAGUCACCGCCAUGCGUUUAGCCCUUACAAUGAUGCCGGCAACAUCCCACUCGCUCCAUACAUGUCCUCUCCUUCAGCCAGUAACACCCCAGCCGGUAUUCAAUUGGGUGUCGCUCAGGUCCAAGCUUAUAGCUCAGACCAUUACUUUGUUCAAUACCCGGGCCAUUCCGUGAAUAAUCCAUAUCCCUGUCAGCUAGACGGCGAUGCGGCGGGCGAGAAUAUCGAGUAUCACUACUAUUCGCCAAAAACGAUGCACGGUGCGACACCUGACGCUGGGUCGGACUCGUCCAUCUAGUCCAUGACCACGACAGCGACAACAGCAUCCUAAAUUUUUCUCACAUUCUCCGGAUCCUCGGCGGGCCCACUCCCAGUUCGUGUACUUGUCCCCUUCCUAUCUGCGCAUCGACGACCAUCGAAAACAUCCAAUAGUUUGUUCAGGCGUUGUAUUCUCAUUCCUAUGUUUUUUCGGCUCGACUCUUUCUUCACCUAUCGUCACCCUACUGUUGCUUAACUUCCCUAGUUUGUUGAUUGCUGUCUCCAGUUGCUAUGUUUCAUUUCCUUCGCUGCGUUUUCCAUCGGAUUUUCCUAUUUUGGCCCACGAUUCAUGUCCUUUACGAUUUUUACUUUUGAUUGCUGUUUGAAAUGUUUUAUAAUCGAAUCGCUUUGGAGUUUAU